AUGAAAGAAAAGACUAAAAAGGACAAAGUAGAAGAGGAGGAGGAGGAGGAGGAAGAGGAGGAGGUAGUGGAAGAGACAGCCGAGGAUGCAGUCGAGGAACACGAGGAAGAAGAAAGCCAGGAGAAGAAAAGCAAAAAGAACUCAAAGUCUGAGGGCACAGAGAUUGAUGGGGAAGUGAAGAAAAAGAAAAAGAAAAAAGCAAAGCGAAGAGAUUAUAGCAGUGAGGAUGAGGAUGACUAUGAACACAGAAAGAAAAAGAAGAAGAAAAAAGGGAAAAAAAGCAAAGAUAAGAAGAAGAAAGGUGACAAAUCCAAGAAAGGAAAGACAGAUGAUAAUUUUUUGGAGAUGUAUGAACAAGAGCUUCGGGAAUAUCAUUCGGAUGCCUCUAAUGCGACAGAAGAUGAGUACAACAAAAAAAAAGGAAAUUGCCUUCAGCCGUGUUCCCACCGGCAUGAAAGUGGGCACAAAUUGACCUUGCUUGCUGAAAAGACAAACAGGGCCAGAUUUUGCUGGGUCUCCGUGGGGAAAGAGGGAACUAUGUGUUAA